GUCGACGACGACGACGACGGCGAGAUGCGCGAGUUCAAGGUGGUGGUCCUCGGCUCGGGCGGGGUGGGCAAGAGCGCGCUCACCGUCCAAUUCGUAUCCGGUUGCUUCAUGGAGAAGUACGACCCGACGAUCGAGGAUUUCUACCGCAAAGAGAUCGAGGUGGACAACUCGCCAUGCGUCCUCGAGAUCCUCGACACCGCCGGCACCGAGCAGUUCGCGUCGAUGCGCGACCUCUACAUCAAGAACGGCCAGGGCUUCGUCGUGGUUUACAGCCUGACGAAUCACCAAACCUUUCAGGACAUCAAGGCGAUGAAGGAGCUCAUCACUCGCGUCAAGGGUACGGAACGCGUGCCGGUGCUACUCGUGGCGAACAAGCUCGAUCUGGAGCACCAGCGAGAGGUCGGCACCGAGGAGGGCCACCAGCUCGCGCAGCUCUGGGGCUGCCCGUUCGUCGAGGCGAGUGCCAAGAAUCGCACCAACGUCAACGAGAUGUUCGCCGAGAUCGUGCGCGAGAUGAACUUCAGUCCCGAGAAGGAGAAGAAGACCUACUGCUGUUGCAGCGUCCUCUAAUACUUAAUCAAAAUCCACGUUCGCCCCCCGGAUUAUUUACCCGCGGACCGUACUGAGGUGAUGGAGAUAUACAGUGUGUACAGUGCUUCGGGGAGAGGGCACGUCGACGUUAAUUCGUCGGCGUGUCUCUUAUGCGCCGUUCUGCUAAGGAUUCUCUUCGCAGCUCUCGCUCGGCCUGCUGAGGAACGUGCUGAUGGAGGAUAUAGUGUACAGUGGCUUUCGGGCAGACCCCUCGUCAGCGUGUUUCGUCGUCCCGAAGAAUCUUUCCUCGAGGAGCCAUCCUUUGGAAGAUCCUUCGACCUUGAGACGCACCAUGCGUUUACCAAGGCUAACUUAUAUUGGACGCUGUACGAAUUUUCCAAAAUGGGAACUGUGGUUCUCUUCUCUUUUCUAAUUCUCGGAAGACCGUCCGGCGAGCGGCGGCCGUUAAACACAGAUAUUUUAUUAUACGCGAAUAGUAUUAUGUAUGUAAUAUUAUUGUAAUAUAUAUACAUAUAUAUAUAUAUGUAUAUAUAUAAUAUAGAUAGGAUUUAAGAGAGAGAAAGAGCGAGCGAAAGGUAGCUUUUCCUCGGUAAAAGGACCAAUACUCCGCUCGCGAGAAAGGAGAAGGUGUCGAAAACCGUAAAACCAAACUCGAUUAUCGGCUUUCUGCUCAAUUUCAGACAGAACCAUCGCACGUAGGUUCGCGUUCUGGUCCACCCAAAUCGAGACUAGGUGCUGCGCGGAGAAAAAAAAAAAGAUAUACGCAGACUUUGAAGGAAUCACUGUGAUGGUCGUUCUAGCAUGGUGAUAAGUUCAGCGAUAACAAGCCAAGCUAAAAUGUUUGAGCGAGGCUUAAUCCCGUAUGUCGCAUAAUUUGUAUGCAGUCGUGCGAAGGUUACGCAAUCAAAUCCAUCUUGAUUCGAUGAAAGUGGUUCGGUUUUGAGAGUACUCUUCUCUGUGCAAUUGUUCUGUGUUAAUUUAAGCUAAGGAGGCUGAUUAGCGAGAUAUAUAUCGUCUGAACAUUUUUGUACGAGACGUUGUUAGUGACAAUUUACACAGGUUUCACCUGAUUUAAUCAUUUGAAAUGUCUUCAUUGUUCUUAAGGAUAAAAAUGUUUUAAAACAAAUUAUUCAAUUUAGGAGUCGUUCUAAUGGUAACACUUGUCUCCUCAAAACUGGAGUAACCAGUUUUCGAGGAGACAAAUAUUAUCAAACCCUCGAUACACUGUUUCUGAAACAGUCCAAAAUGUUUCGAGACAUUUCAAAUGGUCGAAUCUUGGUCCAUCCUGUAUGUCGGUUGUACAGUCCUAACAUUGAACUAUUUUAUUGUGCGUAAGGCAGAGGCACUGAGAAAUGAAGUUUUUGUACGCGACACCUCAGUGGUUAAACGGAUAACCCAGCUGUUGUGAGAUUUCUUGUGAUCCAUUUUGUAGCAAAUACUAAUAUCUUUACUUUCGUUUCGCUUUAAUGUCUGUUCUGAUAUGUUUGAUCGUAUUUGCAAACUCUAGAUGCGCAGAAGUGAGCAUACUAAUGUCGCGGUGAUUACAAAAUCGAAUUUCAAUAAACUAAGGGCCAAAGCUAUAAAGACUUGCCUCUAGUUCGUUGAAAUCUAACGUUGCAGAUAAUAUUAUACGAUGACGGGAGAAUAUUAGGAGAAAAACGCGUUUCAUAAAGAGCUAGAACGUAAUAAUGUCAAUCUAAACAUGUAAUUUGUAAGCUUUGUACGGUUAAAAAAAAAAAAAUUU